CGCUAAAACGUUUACUGAUUGAUGUAACGUAAUUUGCGUUAGUCGUGGCCAAGAUGAACUGUGCUGUUUAUUGGGCGUCGUUUUUUAUUCAAGUGAUGCUUCACAGCCACAAGAGCCUAGCACAAAGUAUAUCAAGUUGGAAUGAGCCAGAGCUGCAACAACUUAGUUGUGACUUCGAUAAUACCUGCUACAGAAAAAUAAUGCAAGAUAAUGAUGAUGAUUUUAAUUGGUACAGAAACAUUUAUUACAAACCACCUGCAUGGUCAUUUAGUAGAGAUGAAAACAUGUACAUUAGCGGAUAUGGCAAAGAACCUGGGCAAGUUGCUCGCCUUAAAACACCGGCUUUCUCAUCGAACUACACCUCUUACUGCAUCAGCUUUUCUUACUACAUGAUUGGACCCUAUGUAGGUCAGUUGGAAGUGAUUAUUGAGGAAAAGGUACAUGGUGUCGGUCAACCUAUUAGAAAUUUGUCUGGAAUACAAGGUCUUUACUGGAACACAGGAUACAUUCAAUUCCAACCAACAGACUCAUUUAAGGUCAUAUUCCAAGCUAUUGUUGGAUCGAAUCCGUCCACUUCUUACAUUGGACUGGAUGAUUUAGAAAUACAAAAUGGAACGUGCCCAUUAACACCAAUGCCAACUCAACCGCCACCUAUAUUUAAAGAAUGUACCUUUGAGUCAAAUCCUGUUCUUUGUGGGUUUACAUCGUUGGAAAUGAAUAGAUGGAGUAAUACAAGAGCAACAUCAUUCAGUCUGCCGAACGAUCAUACUUUGAAUUCAGCUAAUGGUCACUACAUCUAUUCAUCAAGUGACAAAUCUGUGCUGUAUUCACCAUUACUCACGUCAUCAGGUUCUGAAGCUUGUUUUUCUUUCUGGUAUUUCAUUGCCUCCGGAAAACAUGGGAAAAUUCGGAUAUAUCUUCAACCUUUAUACGGACAAAUCAGAGAGCCUCUAGCAGUGAGCCAUCAAGGGCAUGGUGAUCAAUGGCAUUUGCAAAACGUUCCUCUUCCUGAACCCAUACCAACUACAUUUUACAUUGUAAUAGUUUUCGAAAAAGAGGAUGCAAAUAAUGCUGCAAUUGAUGAUUUCCUUUACAAACAAACUCCAUGUGAGGAAUUACAAGUUUCUGGUAAUUGCAACUUCGAACAGUCACUGGAUGAGUGUGGUUACAUUCAAGCAGGAAAAUAUGAGGAUGAUUUCGAUUGGAUCUUAGCAGCAGGACUAAUCAAUAUGGACGACAGAAUAAGGCCGAACGUCGACCACUCUUUUGGGAACUCCUCCGGUCACUACAUGUACUUGUUUAUUGAACCAUCGUAUUUUCGGCCUGCUGGGGAUUCAGCGAAGCUUUACACUCCAAAACUCAUGGCAACGGGAAAGCCAAGAUGUCUGGAAUUUUGGUAUUAUGUGGAUGGACAAGAGGGUGCUAAAUUAGAGGUGUAUCUAGAAAUAUUAUAUACAAUUGAUAGCAUCUGGUUCAGUACAACACCUACAGAAAAUAAAUGGAAAUUAGCGAAAGUAACCAUUCAGCCAACAGACUACGACUUCACAAUAAUAUUUAUAGCGACGGUCGGAAAGAGUUAUUUCAGAACCACCUUUGCAAUUGAUGAUAUCAUGUUCGAUGAAUGUGAGGCUGUGGACAACUACAGUGGAGAAUUUUCAUGCAAUUUUGAUACUGACAUUGCUGGGUGUGGCCUGUGGCAGAGACAUGACGACGAUUUGGAUUGGCUGUAUUUCAACAACGUGAACGCUUACGGUCUAUCGGCUUCUCCUACCUACAUGUAUAUCGAAGGUGGUGGCGGAAAAAAUGCACAUAUUCAAACACCAACCAUAAACUAUAGUGGUAGUAUCAACGUCAAAUUUAGCGUCAAUAUGAACUUCGAUCCACAGCUAUACUUACGAGUUUGCAUUCAAAAAGAAAAUGAUAUAAAGAAACUAAUUUGGGAAAAAAUGGGAACAACACAAGGAUGGGAACAAGUUGAAGUGCUUGAAGAGAACCAGUCAUUAACAUAUUUUGCUGUAAGUUGCGUAAUUACGUACGGUAAUGUUUAA